UCUGGUAAGGCUUUAACGCUGUUGUGGUGGGUUUGAAGUACAAAUUCGAACGGUGUAGUAAUAAUAAAAACUCAAAAGGUGGACUGAAGAGAUUCAAGAGAAGAGGCAAAGCAAGAUUCAUAGUCGGCUAAAGUGUUUGAACCCUUCUUCUAGACUUUCUGGAAAGGUAAAACCGGUCGUUUCAAAUUGAUUCUCCCGAUUGCAAUCCCAUCCAAUCCUUUUUAGAAUCUUUUCCCACGUUUUGCUCUUCUUCUCUUUUCAAAGAAAAAAAGUCCAGUUUGAGUCAAAAUUUGCUUGCUUCAUUCACUUGUUCUGCUACUGCAUUUAGACUGUACUUUGAAACUUAGUGAUGGGUUUUUAUCUUCACAGUUCCAAGAAGCCUUCUUUUGUUGAUUGUUGAAGACGCCCACCAUAGAUUUGGAUUGCCUUAACAAAACCAUUGUUUUUGGGGUGGCAAAGAUUCCACCUUUAUCUCUGGAAAUGCUGAAUCUUGGAUGACAUGUUUUCAAGCCCUUACUCAAGGAAGAUAGAUGGUGUUCCAGAAAAGUCAUUUCCCUCCCCGUGAAGACUACAUUUAUUCUAAUUUUCAUCAAUGAUGGGGUAAAUAUCUGCGGAAAAAUGGAUCUCUGUGAAGACAGUUCAAGGUUCGGGUCAUUCCCAGCCUUAACUUCGAGAAACCCCUCAUCUUCAUCAUCAGCAUUCUUUUCAGCAAAUCAGUCACCUUUUAUCUCUCCCAGAUCCCCAAAAGGACCUUUACCCCCAAAUAUUAAUCCGGGGAUAAUUUUGGAAAAUGCUCAAUUAUCUGCCGAUUCAUGUCCCACCACCACCACUACUAAUAAUAACAACAUUCAAAAGAUAGAUUUUGGUUUGAUAUCUUCUACGUCCAUCUCCAACAGCCCAGUGUCAACUUACAAUGUUGACUAUGAAUACGAAGAACAUAUAAGGAGGAGACAUAGAGGAAAGCAGAGAUAUAUGGAUAAAGCGUAUGAGACUUCAGUCACUCCAACCUCCACAUCUUCUCUCUCGAGUCGAGUGAGAAGUUGCGAUGUGUAUAUAGGCUUCCAUGGCAAGAAAUCUUCACUGUCAAGAUUUACGAAUUGGCUUCGCGCUGAGUUGGAGUUUCAAGGGGUGAGUUGCUUUGUGACAGACAGAGCGAGGUGUAAGAGUACGAGGAAGCAUAGCAUGAUAGACAGAGUGAUGGAUGCAUCCGCAUUUGGGGUUGUUGUCUUAACCAGGAAGUCAUUCCGGAACCCGUACACCAUCCAAGAGCUCCGUUUUUUCUCCAGCAAGAAGAUUUUGGUUCCGAUCUACUUUGAUUUGGGUCCGGAUGAUUGUCUCGUGAGAGACAUAAUUGAGAGGAGAGGGGAGCUAUGGGAAAAGCAUGGCGGGGAGCUUUGGGUCCACUAUGGCGGCCCCGAAAAGGAAUGGAGAGAUUCCUUGAACGCCCUUUCACGCGUAGAUGAGUGGAAACUUGAGGCCCACGACGGGAAGUGGAGGGAAUGCAUUCUGAGGGCUGUCACGCUUUUGGCCCUAAGGUUAGGGAAGAGAAGCAUUGUUGACCGGCUGACGAAGUGGAGGGAGAAUGCAGAAAAGGAAGAGUUCCCUUUUCCGCGAAAUGAGAAUUUCAUUGGCAGAAAGAAGGAAUUGUCCGAACUUGAGUUCCGUCUUUUUGGGGAUGCAAGUGGGGAUAUAGAGGCACGAUUUUUCGAACUGCCGAGGCGUAAGAAUCUGACAAUCCGUAGUAGGAGUAGGAGUAGCUCAUUCGAAGAAAAUAGGCGUAAAAAGGGGAAGGAGCCUAUGGUUUGGAAAGAAUCUGAGAAAGAGAUUGAAAUGCAUAAUGCUGAUUUUGUUUCCCAAAAAAAAGCACAAAAAACAAAGAUUUUCCGGAAACAUGGGCGGCGGAAGAGAUCAAUGAAAGUUGUGUACGGUAAGGGAAUCGCUUGUGUGUCGGGUGAAUCAGGUAUCGGGAAAACUGAACUGCUUCUCGAGUUUGCGAACCGGUUCUAUCAGCGGUACAAGAUGGUUCUUUGGAUUGGGGGUGAGAGUAGAUUUAUCAGACAGAACUAUUUGAAUCUCUGGCCAUUUCUAGAAGUUGACGUAGGGGUGGAGGGCUCGCCGGAGAAGAGCCGGAUGAAGAGCUUUGAGGAGCAAGAGGAAGGCGCAAUAAGUAGGGUCCGCAAGGAACUCAUGCGAAGCAUUCCGUUUUUGGUUAUAAUUGAUAACUUGGAGAGUGAAAAGGAUUGGUGGGACCGUAAGCUUGUGAUGGAUCUUCUCCCCCGUUUUGGCGGAGAGACACAUGUCAUUAUCUCAACACGUCUCCCACAUGUGAUGAACCUUGACCCUAUCAAACUCGGCUACCUAUCUGAAAUAGAAGCAAUGUCUUUAAUGCAGGGUGGCAUUAUCAAGGAUUACCCAAUCACUGAAAUCGACGCUCUCCGGAGCAUUGAGGAGAAACUGAAAAGGUCAACCUUGGGUCUUGCUAUAAUCGGGUCGAUCCUCUCUGAACUUCCCAUAACCCCGACCCGACUGUUGGACACCAUAAAUCGCAUGCCCUCAAUGGAUGUGAUUUCCAGUGACAGAAGAGAGACUGUAAACCAUCCGUUAAGGCAAAAUGUCUUCCUUUUAAAGCUCUUAGAGGUUUGUUUCUCUAUAUUCGAUCAUGCCGACGGGCCGAGAAGUUUGGCGACCAGAAUGCUUUUGGCAAGUGGUUGGUUUGCACCAUCAGCGGUCCCGGUCCCACUUCUAGCUACAGCUGCUCAUAGAAUACCAGAGAAACACCCAAGCCAAAAGAAGUGGAGAAAAGUCAUAGGCGCCUUAUCAUGUGGUCUCACCCCAACACACCUUAGGAAAUCCGGAGUGGAUGCAUCGUCAUCUAUGCUGCUUAGAUUUAAAAUAGCGAGGCGUUGUACUAAGGAAGGGUACAUUCAAUUCCAUGAGCUGGUCCGACAUUAUGCCCGGAAGAGAGGCAUUGACGCGCAGGUCGCGCAAGCCACGGUUCAGGCAGUCAUUACCCGCGGAUCGAUAUACGAACACUCUGAACACAUAUGGGCUGCGUGUUUUCUACUUUUCGGGUACGGGAGCGACCCCAUGGUCGACGAGCUCAAAGUGACGGAACUUUUGCUUCUAGUCAAACAAGUCGUUAUGCCGCUUGCUGUUCGAACAUUUAUCACGUUCUCACGUUGCGGUGCAGCUCUUGAGCUGCUCCGGCGGUGUACGGAUGCAUUGGAAGCAGCGGAUCAGGCGUUCGUUACGCCUGUAGAGAAGUGGUUGGAUAAGUCGCUUUGCUGGAGACCGAUCCAGACCAAUGCCCAGCUGAACCCUUGUCUUUGGCAGGAGCUUGCUUUGGCGAGGGCGGCCGUUCUUGAAAUCCGGGCCAAACUGAUGAUGAAAGGUGGUCAGUUUGACAUUGGUGAUGAUUUGAUCCGGAAGGCGAUAUUCAUCAGAACUUCUAUAUACGGUGAGGAUCAUCCCGAUACAGUUUCUGCGCGGGAAACGCUUGCUAAAGUCACAAGACUGCUUGCUAAUCUUCAAAACCAUACUUCUCUAUAGUAUUUUAAAUUUUUUCGUAGCAAUGCUUAGAUGAUUUUACAUGUAGCAAAAAUUUCAGAAUAACAACAUAUACUUCCAAAACUUACAGAAAUUCAUUUUUGUAGUGAAUCACCAUUCUCAUUACAUAUUAUGGUUUUUUUCCCUAGCUGCUGGUGAUUUUUUGUUUUUGUUUUCACUGUCUUGGCUUGUUGACCUAUUGGCUUGUCACAUGAUUAUUGAAAAGAAGUCAGAAUCUGAGAAAUAUUAGUACUGUAGAGGGCUGUACUUAUAUGAUUCUAAUGUGAUUUGUUUGACUC